UGGCGGGGCCGGGCGGUGCGUCCCUCCCGCCGCGGCUGCCAGCGCCGCCGGCACCAUGGGCUGCUGCUGCCGCCUCCUCUUCCUCGCCCUCCUCCUCCUCCCGGCAGGACUGGGCGAUGAUUCCCCAGAAUCACCCCGGCACCCCAUCAGCCCCCCCUUCCUCUGGCAGGGGAUCCCAGUGCCACCAGACUCCAGGGAUGCUGAUGUCCCCACACCAGUUCCUGGCCAGCCCUCCUUGCCCAUGCCCACGGGACCUUCCGGAGAUGGGGUGUCCUCCGGGCCAGUGGAAGGGGGUGGCCACAACGCCACCCCUGUGGCAGCACCGUCCCCCGCUCCCGUCUCCGCCACCGUGAGCUCCAUCGCGAUGACAGACGGUCCCUCCGCAGCCUCCAACCCCAGCUCGGUGCCACCCACCUUGGAGACAGCCCCAGCUCAUCGGACAGCAAAUCCUACCAGCUUAGCAAGCAGCACCGUGGAUUUGGGGGCAGCUUCCAGCCCCACGGGCACGGCUGCGUCCUCAUCCUCCGCCUCCCUUCCCACCGGCGACCCGGACUCAGUCUUGUCCCCAACGCCUGUCCUGGUGAGCCCUGGCACCACCCAGCCGCCGAUGCUGACCGAGGAUGUCCCUUCCCUGGGGACUCUGGCCAUGGCAUCGAGCCUGGCCGUGGAGCCAACGUCCCCCCCAGUGACUGUGGUGAGCCCCAGCGCGGCCGAGGCCACGGCCUCCGACAAAGCCACCGGAGUCACCAUGGAGGAGGUGCCGCGUGCCUUGAGUGCAGGGAGCAUCGUGGCCAUAACCGUGACUGUCAUCGUGGUGGUGGUGCUGGUUUUCGGGGCAGCAGCGUACCUCAAGAUCAGGCAUUCCUCCUACGGAAGGCUUUUGGAUGACCACGACUACGGCUCCUGGGGCAACUACAACAAUCCUCUCUACGAUGAUUCCUAGCAGGGAUGAAGAAAAAAAA